CCGUAGCAGCGAUGAUAUUUUGCAUACGGGGGUAUCGUUGGGUGGCCGGCUAAUAUUCUUGUUGAAUUAGUUCUCCCACAUAUAUUUCGUUGUGAAUGUGAAGCUUUACUUCGAGCAAUACACUGGGGUGUAGUGAGGGUUGUGGCUGCAUCAUCACGUCAAAGGCCCAUAGUGCAUCACUUCAAGGAUAGCGCUCUUGGUGUGCAGGUGUUGUAGAGAUCGAGCCGCAAGAUGGGUGGUGCAAUGAGCAUUGACAUACCGGGAGGAGGGACUGAAGGCUACCAUGUCUUGAGGGUACAGGACAACUCGCCCGGCCAGCGGGCCGGCUUGGAGGCGUUCUUCGACUUCAUCCUGGCCAUCGAGAACACGCGGCUGGACGUGGACGAUGACACGCUGAAGAAGCUGCUGACGCAGCACGUGGAGAAGGAGACCAAGAUGAUGGUGUACAGCAGUAAGACGCAGCGUGUGCGGGAGGUCAAGAUCGUGCCGUCAAGCGUGUGGGGCGGCCAGGGCCUCCUCGGUGUCAGCAUCCGUUUCUGCUCGUUCGAGGGCGCCAACGAGAACGUCUGGCACGUGCUGGACGUGGAGCCGAACUCGCCGGCCGAGCUGGCGGGCCUGCACGCGCACACCGACUACAUCAUCGGAGCCGACUCAGUGCUGCACGAGUCGGAGGACCUGUUCCAGCUGAUCGAGACGCACGAAACCAAGCCGCUAAAGCUGUUUGUCUACAACUCGGGCCUGGACGCCUGCCGCGAGGUCACCAUCACGCCCAACAGCCAGUGGGGCGGCGAGGGCAGCCUGGGCUGCGGUAUCGGCUACGGCUACCUGCACCGUAUCCCCAACAUCGUGUCGGCGCCGCCGCCGCAGGCUCCGGCGGCGGCCGUGGCCGGCCACGUGCAGACGGUGCAGAGUGCAGCCACGAGCGGCGCCGUGACGGGCCCGCCGCAGCCGCAGACGGACGUGACGGCGCUGUCACCCUCUGCCGUGGCGCCGCCGCCGCUGCCGCCGCACCCGGCCCAGAUGGGCGCCGUGCCGACCGUGGCCGCCGUGCCCUCCUUCAACCCGGGCUUCUUCACGGCCCCGCCGGCGGCCGGCGCCACGGACCCGUUCGCCGCCGCCGCCGCAGUUUCAGGUGUGCCGCCGCCGGCGCCGCUGCCGUCCAUCUCGGGCAUGCCGGUCACCACGCCCAUCAGUCUGCCGGGCAUGCCGCCGCUGACAGUGAGCGCCGUGCUGCCGCCGGGCGCACUGCCGCCGCCGCGCGCUGCCGCACCGGCCCCGCCGCUCGCCUCGGCGCCCGUCGCCGUCAGCACAGGCGAGUAGAGGCAUCUAGCGGGCGGGCUAGAUGUCACCGGCAAUCACAGCUUGUGGCGCUGCCGUCGGCCGGCUGGCUGCCGCAUGGCGUCAGCUCUGCCCAGCAUGCGGCGGGCAGUGUCUGCUGCUGCAGCUCCGGCACGACUGGCGAUCAGAUGCCGGAGUCACCACUGGUCCCCAAGUAAAUGCACCAGCAGCUGUGGGCAGCCUGGUGUCGGCUGGUGCACCCGAACCUGCACCCGUGGCUGGAGGAAGAACGAGGGGUGGGACAGUGCUGGUGGAUGAAAACGCGGAAACAAGUGCAGUAGUGAUGGUCGCCGCUGAAUCUGUUGGCACGUUGUGCGAGUGGUAUGAGAACAAAUGGUUUUAAGUGGUAGCCUUCAAUGGAUAACAAUCGCAGCAGCUCUGGAUAAUGGAUUUGUUUAUCGUGGGGAACGGCGUUUUUUGCUUUCUAGGGCAGUUAAUGAAUGGGACGUGGUUGGCUAGCGUUGGUAUUUUCUGAUUUGAGUCCCGGUGUUGCGCGGUUUUGUUUGACUUGGGUGUCUUGCUGUGACUUUUGGCACAGAAUUUGAAUAAAUAUAUAAGAUGAAUGGUCCCGAGACAUAUUUGACAGAACCGUGUCGACUGACUGAGAAGUUUGGUCUAGUUUGGGUGGCAGCAGCAAAGUACAGAUGCUUGAACGGUUUCCGUGGUUAGACAUAGUGGAUCACCUGAAGAUAUUGGCAUGACUGGCAUGAUGUGUCGAUCAUGCCAUUAAAUAUAAAUGCGCCCAUCUGAAUGGGCCGUUCAGGCGGUCCAGCCUUCAGCUUCGACUCCACAAUAAGAUGUUGAUCGUGAAUUGGUCGCGUAUUUGUUCGCAGUAGUCUAAGCAUCACCACACAGCACUGAAUGUGAGCCGAACCAAGUUCAGCCCUCUUCAAUUAGAGAACGAAGUUAACCAGAAAUGUAAUUUCACGCAAAGUAUGUUCGGUAUAUUGUUAUGUACGAGAAGAAAGCUGUGGAACACCUCGGUUUGUGUGAGCAAUCCGUCCGGGUCGGUUGCCCAUUUUGCAUGCAUCGACACCAGUAACGCACUGUGCCCUGCCACGAGCUGUCUGGCGCAUGCGUUAGGAGCAUGAACGGACUCUGCGUACCUGCGUGGAGUAUUUGUACAUGUGGAAUGCGGUCGCAAGCACGGAGGGAUGCUUUGGUAUAAUUCCCCGUCAACGAAACCUUUUCCUCGUGCCGCGGCCGUCGCCAAAAUGCAGACACUGUCGAUACAUCCGUAUUUUCCGUUCUAUUCGCGUCCAGUGAUCCCCAGCAGAAGUUUACACCUCUUGUCUUCGUUGUAUUCUCUUACUUUGUCUGCCAUUCUGCCUGUGGUCUCAACCAUCACCUGUGCGUAUACCGCGGAUGGCAAUGCGUUCUGCAAUGUGGGGCGUGCAUCUUUCCGUUGCACCUGACUGCUGUCAGGCUGGCAUUCGCUGAACUGAGAUCGUUCUAAGUUCGCUGUCAGAUGGUUUGGUCUUCAGUUAUCCACUGUUCUUUUCCUCUUCUCCUCCCUUGGAGACCAGCCUGUUCCGUCAGGUCCUGCUUCGGUCUCCCUGCUUCGGUCUGGGCACCGUCUGAUGAUGCGGUAUUGAAUAGUGAUAGCCCCUUCCGCUUUUGUCGGGGGCGUCCUGUGCCGUGCUGUAAUCUGCUUUGCUGCCGGUGGAUGCCGCUGAUUUACGUCCAACCAACUGUGUAACAUGCUUCACACGUUUGCAAAUUACCCUCGAAGCCCCGCGUGAUCUGCCCU